AUGAUAAGAAUUAUUUUUGUUUCAAUAGAUUUUAGUUAGUGUAUUUUUUAUUUCUUGCUCUUCAUAUUAUAAUCCAUCUUUUCUUGUUAUCUGUUCCUGUAUUCUCUUUUAUUUUAAAUAGAUAAUAUAUUAAAAUUUAUUGAGAGUUCAAUAUAAUGUAUUUUUUAUUUAAGAAUAACAAUUGAAUAAUUAAGGAAAACAAGAGAGCUGGAUUGGAAUUUAGAUAAGAUUAUUAGAUAGUAUUAAUAAUGCAAAAUAUUAAUUUAGAUUUGCCUUUUUUAACAAUAACUUUUUGUAACAUAAUAAUUUAUAAUGAGGAUCUUAAAUAUGCGACUUGUUUUAUGUUUGGGAAAAAGUAUUACCAAUAGAUUUAAUAUUUUUUUUAUGAUGUAAAAUAGUUCAACAUAUUAGGAUUGUAUUUAUAAAUGAAUAAUAACAAGUUUAUUUUUAUGAAAAAAAUCUUAAAUUUACUUUGAACCAAAAUUUAUAUGUUGCGACUACUUUAAAUCAUUUUAUACUCCAUGUGAAUAGAGAGCAAGAUGUUAUUAUAUACAAUUAUUUUAAAUUGAAUGGAUUAGUAAUAUUUUAUAAUUUUGGACUAUCUUUUAUGGACUUUUUGAACGAAAGUAGAAUUUAUUGUUUAUAAAUUAUUCAGGUAUUUUGA